AUGGCCGUCGUACCGACACCGUUACUCAGGCCGUACGAUUACACAGUGGCAUGGAUCUGCGCGCUUCCCAUAGAAAUGGCAGCCGCCGAGGCAAUGCUGGAUGAGAGACAUCCUGCCUUACCCACCAUCGCCGGCGACGACAAUACCCAUGUUGCAGGGAGGGUGGGCUCCCAUAAUGUCAUUAUCGCAUGCCUUCCAGCUGGGGUUUAUGGGACGACCUCUGCUGCCAACGUAGCAUCUCAAAUGCGACUCACUUUCCCGGGCAUUCGGUUUGGACUGAUGGUGGGAAUUGCAGGGGGAGUCCCUACUGCAGACCAUGAUAUUCGGCUCGGUGAUGUCGUAGUCGGCAAACCAACCCGGGAUUUCGGUGGUGUGAUCCAAUACGACUAUGGCAAGGCUGUGAGCGGCGGCCACCUGGAACGUACAGGUGUCUUGAACAAGCCUCCAACCAUGCUCCUGACAGCCGUGACGGCGCUACAAUCAGCACACAUUGCGAAUAAAAGUCGUAUUCCUGAUCUAAUCUCAGAUUUGGCCGAGCGCCAUCCGCGAAUGAAGGGGAAGUUCACUUAUGAUAGCCGCAGAGAAGAUUUGUUGUUUGAGGCACAGUAUGAUCAUACUGACCGUGCGCCAACCUGCGAUGGCUGUGAUAGACAUCAGUUAGUUACCCGAGCACCAAGGGACUGUAACGACCCUGUUAUCCACUACGGUCUGAUCGCAUCCGGCAACCAGGUCAUGAAGGAUGGUCGGACUAGAGAUCAGCUAGCCCGAGAAAUGGGGAUCCUGUGCUUCGAGAUGGAGGCGGCCGGACUGGUGGACACAUUCCCAUGCCUGGUAAUUCGAGGCAUAUGCGACUAUGCUGAUUCUCACAAGAAUAAACAAUGGCAAGAGUAUGCAGCUGCGACGGCGGCGGGGUAUGCAAAGGAGCUUCUUUCCAUGGUCCAUGCUGUUCACGUUGCAGAUACACCUUCGGCCCUGACGGUCACCGACAUCGUUCAUAAUAGCAAGUCUCUGGCCAAACCGCGAGGUUCAUCAACUUCGUUGACAAGACCGAAUGGCGAUCUCGACGAGUCGAUAUUCAGGCGGAUUUCCACCUACGAACAUGAAAAGGUUCACCAGCGACUUGCUCACAAACGAGUUAUGGGAACAGCGCAGUGGUUCUUGGACCAUCCCGAUUUCAAGGCAUGGCUGGUGGAGAAGAAAUUCUCGAGACUGUGGUGCUCCGGGAAAAUUGGCUCUGGUAAAACGACGAUAGCGACGGCGGCCAUCGAUGCAGCCAAAUAUCGAUUGUCGAAACACUCUGCUUCGACGGCCUUUUUCUACUGUGAGAGCGACCGGCCUGAUGAACUUAAUGGGCUAUACAUUCUCUCUAGUCUGAUCAAGCAACUAUGCGAGUAUCUUCUUGCGAAAAACAGACGCUGCCCCGACAAUGUGGCAGCUGCACUAAACCUCUUUUUCGGGAAGAAGCGGGUUAUUCCAGACUGUGAAGAUUUGAAGGAAGUUUUCUUCCAGUUAUUCCACCUCAUCCCAGACACGGUGUAUAUCAUUGACGGAUUCGACGCACUGAAUCCAGACCAAAGUAAAGAUUUAUUUGAGUUCUUCAGGUCCUUGUUCUGCGGAUCUGGAUGCCCGCCGGAGUCACGAAUGCUCGUUUUCAGCCGAGAACAGCUGCCAGGUCACACAGGCAUUCCCCCAUUCCUAGCUGGCGUUUGUCAAAUUUCGACUACGUCCAACGUGAUGCCGGAUAUUCACACGUACAUUGAUACGAGUGUCACCGAUAAAUUGAUGAGCCGGAAGCUUACGGACGAUUUAGCCUUGUUGGAUGAGGUCAAACGAGUCCUCCUGGAAGAAUCAUCUGGAAUGUUUCUUUGGGUCUACUUGCAAUUGGAGAUUCUGUGGCAAGAGUGUUUCACGGACAAUCGUAUUCGAUCAGCGUUGCGGGAUCUUCCAACAGAUCUGGAGGAGACAUACCGUCGCUGUGUCCGAAGAGUGACCUUUACCAAUCCCUAUGCAUUGCGCGUCCUCCAAUGGGUGAGUUUUGCGGCGAGACCACUUCAUAUCGACGAAUUAAAAGAGGCCGUCGCUUUUGAUCUGGAGGACACGGUAUGGGACGCCGGAAAGGUCCCUCAAGCCGAUGUGCUCAUUGGGUGCGGUGCAAAUCUCGUGGCCGUCGAUCCUUCUGAUCAAUGUGUUCGCUUUGCACAUCCUUCCGUUAAAACAUAUCUGCAGAAGGAUUCAGCAAGUUUAAUUCCAGGGUACCCGAAAUCUGAUAAACAGGGCGAGCGCCUGUGCGGAGAAUUCUGUGUUGCGUAUCUGUCGUUCUCUAACUUCAACCUCGAACUUGUGAAGACGGCCAACGAGACAGAAACGGUAAAAGUGCCAAGCCCCAAGCUUCUCGCCGGCGAUGCAAUGGCAUCUCCUUUGCUUAGAUUUUUCUGGGGGCGAGGGGCAAACCCCAAACAGCCUGCCCAGGUACAAUUUCGACGGAUCCGAGCAGCUACCCUCCCAGAUCGUUCACAAUACAAAUUCCUGGACUACGCAGCCACUCAUUGGACCUUACAAACCAAGAAAAUAACUUCCAUAUCUCCAGUUUGGGAAAAAUUCAAGCAGCUCUCAUUGAGUUUCAACGAAACCUGGAAUUUCCACCCUUGGGUGGUCGGGGGCCGCUCUCAAACCUCACGCCUACAUGGCCUCUUUGGAUGGGCGGCUAAGAACGGGCAUAUUCCACUGUUGGAGUUGGCACUCACUUCCGGCCGAGACAUACGGGAGAUUUGUAACCUCCCGUUGGUCGAUGAGCGGCUUCCUGCGCUUCAUGUCGCAUCAAAAAUGGGGCUUACGGAUGUCAUCAGACUCCUUCUGUCCAUGUGCCAAUUGAACUUGCAGGACGAAGAAGGAUAUACUGCCUUACACCACGCAGCUAGUAAGGGGCAUGAAGAUGUUAUAGUUCUACUUCUAAACUCAGGGGGCACGAAAGUAGAUAUCCCGUCAAAGACCCAAGUUACACCACUUUGGUUGGCUGCCAACCAUGGCCACUCCGACAUCGUGUGGGUUCUGACUCAAGGUCAAGCUAAUAUUGAGGUCACAGAGAGUUCUACGCAACGGACUCCGCUUUCACAAGCUGCUAGGAAUGGCCAUCGAGCUGUUGUCGAAUUUCUCUUGCAGAGGGGAGCAAAUCUGGAAGCAAAGGACGCCGGGGGUUGGACACCGCUAUCCUGGGCCAUCACGAAUGAGCAUCUGGACACGGUGGAACUGUUACUUGAGAGAGGCGCCAAUCCUGCUUGUAAAUUUCCGAACAAGGGGCCAUUGUUGUUAUGGGCAGCCAAGACUGGGCAUGCUGCGAUCACAGGCUUGCUGGCUGCAAAUUCUGAGACAGACCUAAACACUACCGAUGACAAGGGCCUAACAGGGUUAUGGUUGGCUGUCCAAAGUCAGAACUUGGAGAUCACGAAGAUUCUUCUUGACCGCGGGGCAAGUCGGGAGACCCGAGAUGCUGACGGCCAGACGCCUUUGCUGUGGGCAGCGAGGAAUAAGCACGAGGCACUGACUAAUUUACUCCUCAAGAAAGGUGCAGCUUCUCAUGCUCAAGAUAAGUACGAGAGAACGGCGAUUUUCUGGGCUGUCGAGAAUAGCCACGAGGAAAUGGUCAAGUUACUCUUGGACCAAUUUGGAGACUACGCGGGAAAGAACCGGCUACUCAACAUUAUUCCAUUGCAGGCUUUACAAACGAGAACUGACGACACAGCGGACUUAGUCCUCGGCGAAACUGGAGACUCCGGGGAUGAGACGCCGCUCCUGUCUGCUGUAAGAAAAAGCUACGAAUUGCUGGCUCAGCGGCUUAUGGAGCGUGACACCACCGUGGACCGAGAAGGUCUUCCGAGAAAGGCAGCUUUCAUGUGGUCCACAGAAGAAGGGCAACAGACCCUGCUCGUGCUGCUCCUGGGAAAAAAUAAAGAUGAUGUCGAGAAGUCGAGCUUGUCCCUCCUACGGGCUGCGAAGCAGGGUAAUGGAGACUCGGCGAAACUGCUGGUUGACGAGGGCGCUGAUAUCCAUACGAGAUCUGUUUACGGGGAGACACCACUAUGGUGGGCUGCAAGAAACGGGGAUGCAAUGCUUGUGGAAUUUUUGUACAACAGGGGCGCAGAUAUUGAAUCUAAGGAUAAGUUUGGCCUCACGCCAUUAUCUUGGGCUGUUGAGAAUAGACACUGGUCAGUUGUCGAGUUGUUGGUUGGCUGGGGUGCUAAUAUUCGGGCUCCCGACAAGUCCGGCCAGACACCACUCUCUAGGGCUGAUGUCAAGGGAAUGCGGAGUAUAUUACUUAAGGAAUGA